UUACAUAUCCUAACACCCCAAGCCAGCGAGUGUGAGCUGAGUGAGCUUUGAUCGGGUCCAAUCCCAUGCCCCCGUGACCCUCUUUUUCGUCUUCCCAGAAGAGACGCUGGGUGCGCGUCGGAGAGAGAGAUAGAGAGAGAGAGAGAUCAGAUCUGUUCGAUUGCAUCUCUCACUCACACAUCUCGGGCGGAUUUGGGUUCUGGGUAAUGAAUGGUGUGCCAAAUGAGAGUGACAGGAGAAUGGUACCGAAGGACGAGAUUGACUCCACAUCGAUUGAAGAAGAUAGCAGCGGGGGAUCAUUGAAUGGAGGAAAUCAGGUUUUGAAGAAGGGACCCUGGACGUCGGCAGAGGAUGCAAUUCUGAUUGAUUAUGUCAAGAAACAUGGAGAGGGAAAUUGGAAUGCUGUUCAGAAGCACACGGGGCUCUCUCGAUGUGGCAAAAGCUGUCGUCUACGGUGGGCAAAUCACCUCAGGCCGAAUUUGAAGAAAGGUGCUUUUACACCAGAAGAGGAGCAGUUGAUCAUCGAACUCCAUGCUAAGAUGGGUAACAAGUGGGCUCGGAUGGCUGCACAUUUACCUGGGCGCACUGACAAUGAGAUAAAGAACUAUUGGAAUACACGAAUAAAAAGGCGCCAGCGUGCUGGUUUGCCUCUUUACCCUCCUAAUAUAAACUUUCAAGUUUCUGAUGAAAAUCAGCAAAGCAAGAAUGUGAAUGAGUACAGUUACAGCGAUAAACAGCCUAAUGAGCUUAUGCAGGGAAGCAACUUCGACAUUCCUGAUAUUACAUUUGAGAACUUUAAUGCUAAUUAUGGGUCUUUAUCCUAUGCACCACCAUUUCCGGAUAUAGCAGCUAGUAACAUGCUAAAUCAAAGGAUUGGAUCCCUUCACUAUCCCUUCACAAAUCCAAUGAGUUGUGUCAAGCAUCUUAGAGACUCUGAAAAUUUAAUUCCAGACUUACAUGGUACUGACUCGGAUGGGCUUUCCACGUACGAACAUUUUUUGUUCAAGCCUUCAGGAAAGAUAAAACAGACUUUUGGACUAGGUUAUCCAUACGACCCUGAUCCCUAUGGCGAGAGCCUGACACCUUUGGAAAGUGCAGUUCCUGGCAGCCAUGCCCUUCUAAAUGGCACCUUCUCUGCUUCUAGUCCCAUUGAUGGGACUGUGAAGUUGGAGCUCCCUUCACUCCAAUAUACAGAAACUGAUGGUAAUAGUUGGCUUGCAUGUUCAUCAACACCUCUUGAGGCAGCUGAUACAUAUAUUGAGUCUCCCCCAACAACAGUUUCGUUGCAAUCUGAAUGCAUUUCACCACGAAAUAGUGGUCUCUUGGAAGCAUUGCUUCAUGAGGCACAGACACUAGGCUCUGCAAAGAAAAAACCAUCUGACAAGAGCUCCAGUUCUACUAUUACACCCGGUAAUGUGGCAGAAUGUUCAGGGGUAAGUAUCUCUGAGAAGUUGGAAGAAUACAAUGAUCCAAUAUCUCCCUUGGGUCGUUCUGCUUCUUCUGUCUUCAACGAGUACACCCCUCCCAUCAGUGGCAGUUCAUUAGACGAGUUUCCACAUUCAAUGGCUCCUUCAAUCUCUGCAGCUUCAGACAAUAUCUUGGUGACUGCCAAACAUGUUUCCAGCCCUAAUGUUGUGGAUAAAGGCAUAUCACCCUGCAGGCCUGAUGCUUUACUUGGAUCAGUUUGGCUUGACGAUGGUUCUCAAAGUGCAAAAGAUCAGUCUGUCUUCAAUGAUGCGAUAGCAAUACUUUUGGGUCAAGAUUUGUGCAAUGAGUAUAAACAUCUACCUUCUGAACCACCAUCUAUGCUCGUGCAAGGAUUUGGGCUCGACUCUGAUCCAUGGAAUAAUAUGCCGAGUGCAUGUCAAAUGCCUUAACUUCCUUGAGGUAUUCUGCAGCACAUGUUUCGGACUUUGUUUAUGAUUAUUCACAUGUAGGAGUCUUUCUUCCUGGAAGAAUCGCCAGGGAGGAGAUUUACAGAAUUGAAACUUGUUAGCAUGACUGAUCAAGGAACAUGUUGCUUGUUAGAUCAGAUGAUUUGUUGCUGCAAGAAAGCCUUUUGUUAUAAUUUAAUGAAGACAUGGUCUGUGAUUUGGUAGUCAUUAGGGUGUCUCGUUGAUGGUUUAGGUUUCAUGUUGUCUGUCUUUGCUGAGGAUUAUUGGGUCAUGAGAAUUCUGGUUUGUUUCAAAUUGGCUUGCAUUCUGUUUCUUAUGAUUUGUCGGUCUAAAUUUUGCCCUAGUUUUCAUGUUGCUUAAA